CAUCCGUCAGAUCGCGCUGGAUUUCGCAUCUCGCUGACAAUAACGUUCACGUUGAAUACAGGUUUCGCUCAUGACGCCGGGCGCAGAAGCCUAGGAGCGAGAGUCGCUCACCUAAAUCGGAGUCGAUCCUUGUCAGCGGGCAUGUUCGACUGCAUGGACGUGCUGGCGGUGGGUCCCGGACAGAUUCUGGACUUCUACGCGUCCGGACCGUCCUGCAUGCUCCGGGACCAAGCUCUGAAAGCCUGCAUCAGCAGACUGGCGCACCGAGAGUGGCACAGCCGGCGCAGCGCAGACUUCAGAGAAACACACAGCAGCAGUUCUGAGGAGCUGGUGCCCAGCCCCUUGACCCCACCGCCCCCACCUAGGGUUUACAAGCCUUGCUUCGUUUGUCAAGACAAGUCGUCUGGAUACCACUAUGGUGUCAGUGCUUGUGAAGGCUGCAAGGGUUUUUUUCGCCGAAGCAUCCAAAAGAACAUGGUGUACACAUGUCAUCGAGACAAGAAUUGCAUCAUUGACAAAAUCACCAGGAACCGGUGUCAACACUGCCGACUACAAAAAUGUUUUGCAGUGGGAAUGUCCAAAGAAUCUGUUCGAAAUGACCGCAACCGGAAGAAGAUGAAAGGCUCCGACCCUGAACUUGUGGAACACUAUGAGCUGACAGCUGAGCUGGAGACCAUUAUUGAAAAAAUCCGAAAGGCUCAGCAAGAGACCUUCCCUUCCCUCUGUCAGCUUGGCAAAUAUACCACAAAUUCAAGUUCGGACCAUCGCAUCAGGUUGGACUUGGGGCUGUGGGAUAAGUUCAGUGAGCUGGCAACAAAGUGCAUUAUCAAGAUUGUGGAGUUUGCCAAACAAGUGCCUGGUUUCACUGGACUGACCAUGGCUGACCAGAUCACCCUACUAAAGGCAGCUUGCCUGGACAUCCUGAUUCUGCGAAUCUGUACCAGGUAUACUCCGGACCAAGACACCAUGACCUUUUCUGACGGACUGACUCUCAACCGCACGCAGAUGCACAACGCUGGAUUUGGACCAUUAACCGACUUGGUGUUCACUUUUGCCAAUCAGCUGCUCCCCAUUGACAUGGACGCCACUGAGACUGGCCUCCUGAGUGCCAUCUGUCUGAUCUCUGGAGAUCGCCAGGACCUUAAAGAACCGUCCAGAGUGGACCAGCUGCAGGAGCCGCUCCUAGAGGCUCUGAAAAUCUAUGUGCGGAAGCGUCGGCCCAGCAAACCUCAGAUGUUCCCCAAGACUCUGAUGAAGAUCACAGACUUGCGCAGCAUCAGUGCUAAAGGAGUAGAGCGAGUCAUCUCUCUGAAGAUGGAAAUCCCUGGCUGCAUGCCACCUCUCAUUCAGGAGAUGCUGGAAAAUUCAGAGGGCCACGAGGGCCCGGGGCCAGUCAGCAGCAGUCCCCCUGCGGGACAGUCUCGGAUGCAAGAACAUCUCCCGCACGGUGUUGACAAAGUUCACAGAUGAGGGGGCAGGCUGGUGGUGGGACCUUAAGGACUUCUGGUGAUCCCUUGUCACUUUAAGAAGGAAUUUGCACACAAAGAGAAUGGCCAGGCCAUUGACAAUCUGGUUCUGCAGCUUGGUCAUACUUUGAUUCCUCGAGUACUUGCUCUCAAUCUGUUUCUCCUUUAAGAUGGUUUUUGUCCUCUCAUGUGAAAAUAAUAAUAAUAAUUCUGUUGUUGGCCCAUUGGCAUCCGUGCGAGGGUUUAGGGCUCUACAGUCCUCGUGGCUGUUGUGUAUAGCAUGAUCUCUCUCUGCUCCCAUCCGGCGAAGGAAGAAGUCACGUUGUUUCUUCUCUGAUGACUUUCAUGAUGCUCUUUCAUGGUCUGAAUCAUUCCUCUGACUAAUGUUUAGUCCUCCAUUAAUGGUAGACACUUAAAUAAAACUGAACGUUUAAGCUGA